AUUUUGAUUAUUUGAUUUAUGAGUAAGUUUGUUGAUAAACUUUACUUUUGUCAUGUUUAUCAUAUGAUUGGUGGUGCUGAUGAUUCUGGUUCAUGAUGAUCAUGAGGUUAGUUUAAAAUUAGAUUCAUAGAUAUCACUCUGAAUAUCAUGAAAUAGUGAAACUUAUCUUAUCAUAUGAAUCUGAGAUUCUGGAUGCUGCGUAUUACCUGAAGCUUGCAAGGUCGAGGGUUGGGUUUAGGUUAUCAUCAUCAUCCAUAGAUUCAUUAUAAUGGUGGGAAAAGUAAAGAAAGAAAAAGAAAGAGAGUGAGUAAGUGAGUGUGUGAGAGAGAGAAGGUACAAUGAGAGUGUGAGCCAUGAGCAUGGGGAAGAUGAGGAAGAGAGAGAGAGAGAAAAGUAACCCACCAAAAAGUAUUCUCAGAGAUUUUGAAGAAGCUGAGAAGGAGGAAUGAACGAAUAACUGUAAGAAAAGAGAAGAUGAAAAAGAAAGAAAAAGAAAUAAAAAAGUAAGUAAGUGAUGAGGAUGAGAAAGAAAACAAGCUUACUUUCAUAUUUAUCAUCAUCAUCAUGAUCAAAAUCAACCUCAUCCCGAACAAUAUACUUUAUGGUGAAAUCAAAUUCAAGUGAUUCAGGUGAAGACAAACAGCAAACAAAAAAAUCGUCAACAUGAUGGAGAGAUGAUGAUCACAUGUAUUAUUAUCAUCCAUUUUAACUAAAUCAUCUUCAUCCUCAUCCUCAUCCUCAUCAUCAUCAUCAUUGUUAAUAUUCAUUGUUGUUUAUCAAUUGGUUCAACUUUUUUUUUCAUCAUCAUCUUGUGUCAAUGCAAUUGUAUUAAUAUUAUCAACACAUAGGAAUAAUUUUCAGCAUAAAUGAUUCAAUGGAUUCCAAUGGAUUACCUGUUAAUGAUAAUCAUGAAGCCCAAAUAAGUUGAACAUUGAAAAAAAUAGCGAGUGAAGUGCUUGUUAAUAUUUAAUGUGCAAAUUGCUUCUCGUUUUAUUAUUAUUAUCAUCAUAAUCAUCAUCACAUCAUUAGUGUCAUCAUCAUCAUCCUCAUUAACAACCAUUGGAGAAGAGUAGUAAUUUAUAUCAGCCCAUGAUGAGGAUGAUUAUCUUCAUGUGAUAGUUACAUGUUUUCAAAUUGGAAUUAAUUGUUUUUCUUUCUUCCUUUAAUUAUAAUAAUCAUUUGAUUCAUUUGUUUCUUUCCUUCCAUAACAUUUGUUAAGUUCAAUUCUCUCAUAUUGAUUAGCUAAUUUUUUAGAAUGAUGAUCAGUUGAAUGGUCAGUUUGUUUGGAAUUCACAAUAUAUUAUAUUAUAUGUGUGAAAAUGAUUUCGAUGGAGAUGUGAUCAUGAUGAGAAUCGAUUGACAUUGAAUUUUGUUUGGUUUCAGAGAGAAAACCAAAGGAAGACAAAAUUAUCUUCAGUCUAUCUCACUUUUUUCUCUAUUUUUACCUGGUAAUCACUUUUCUCGGGAGAAAAGGUAAAUAAAAAAAACUCCCAGCAGUGAAGAGACAAAGUAAGAGGAAAAGAAAGAGAUUUGGGAAAUUCUUUUUAUUUUCUUAAAUUCGAAAAAGAUUAAGCAAUAAUCUCUCAAGGUGAAACAUUAACCUCUAAAAACCUCCCAGUUCUCUCACCAUUGAUGCUAAAGAUAGACCAUUGAGAUUGUACAUAUAAACACAUGUAUAAAUAAGAUAAACGGAGAAGAGAAGAAAAAAAUUUUCCUAUUCCAUUCAGAAUCAGAAUAUUAUUCAAACAUGAGCUCAUCUACACGUCGAACCAUUUUUGUUACACUUUUGAUUCUAUCAUGUAAUCGGCCACAUUUAUCAUUAUCAACUUUAUCCACAUCAUCGUCAUCAUCUUCUUCUUCAUCUUUACCUUCAUCGUGGUUUGUAGCUGGAGAAGAUUCCGUUUCCGUUUCACCUUUAGUAUCACCAGAAUCGGAAUCUGUUAUUCUUUCCGAUGGUCCAUCAUCUUCAGGGUCACUCUCACCAUCUCAUCCUGGUUCACCUUAUGCCUCAGCACAAACAAGUUCAGUGUCACUGCCAAGGUUUCACAUCUUAGCGGUCAUUCCCAAUGAGAAAGCAGUCCUACUAUCCCGAGAAUUAAGGUCAGCCGUGGCUCGUUGGCAAACCUUACAACGUGAACGGAGUACACAGCACAACUCGGGCUCAUCAGGCGGCCCUUCAUUUCCGGGUUUCUCUGUUUCCGGAAUAGGAACUACAAACCUUUCAGCCGACGAUACUUCCCUUAUAAUAUCACCAAUACCCGCAGGUAAUGAUACUGAAAGAUUAUUGGAAUCGAUGUGUCAAUCAUUUGAGAUGCACAAUCCGUCGCUAAUUUUGACCUUAUUAGAACCACGUCGAACCUACUAUCUUAAAAUGAUAGCCAAAAAAGUCGAUGUACCAAUACUUUCACUUUCAUCUGAGUACCGGGAAUCAUUUCAAUUAUUUCAAUCACGACGACCGAGUAUUCAUGAAGAAACCGCUGGUCAAGUGAGUUUAGACCCACCGAUAUCCUCCUUAGCCGAUGCAGCAUUUGAAUUACUCUGGAUGCAGCAUUGGUUUGAUGCAAUUCUUUUAAUUGAUGAUACAGCGGCUUCCGAUCUAUUCAGCUACCGGUUAAAUCGAUUGUGCCGAAAUAAUCGAAGUAAAAAGUAUAAAUCAACCAAUUCUCCUUCAUCUUCAUCUUCAUCUUCACCUUUAAAUUCACCUGAAACACUAAUACCACCCUAUGAACAUCAACAUUAUCAUUCUAGGUCAACAAAUUCACAACAAUUUGAUAACAACUUUUAUUUUCUCGAUUCGGUUUGGAAUCGAUUAGAGGUUAUUCAACUUUCAAAGAAUUUACUUCAAAAUGAGUUUUAUUUAAAGAUGAGUGAAAUUCAGACUAGCCAUCGACGGAUUAUCUUGGUCCAUUGUGAUAAGGUUACAACCAAACGGAUAAUGGAUAUCGCCUCGGUUCUUGGUCUAUUGAGAGGUCACAAAAUUUGGGUUCUCCUGGACGGAGUAAUAGGAAGUGAACUUGUCAAACCUAAAUUCUGGUCUUACCUUAACCUGCCAACGGGUAUUAUUGCCUUACGUCAAAGGGCACCAACUCUGACCCAAAGUGAUACCCUGCUCGCUAUCACUAGUAUCAUUGGUGAGGCGGCUACUUAUGCUUUAGCCGAUGCUAAAUCUUGGAUAGGUGAGAAUGACUUUCGAAAUGGAUCAGCACCGGAAGUAAGUUGUUGGCACAACGCUUAUGGUGUACGAAUUAAAUACUCUCAAGUAAUUUACAGAGAACUAAGGAAAGUCCUUAAACCUAUUAAUAAUUUUCGCUUGGAUCCAUAUCGUUGUAAGACCCGACGUUAUGGUGAACAUGGGAGUGGCUUUAGUGUUAAUGAAAUGGACAAUUUAACAACAUCUAACCAACAUCAUCAACAACCACAUCUUCAACCUUCACAUCAACAACAACAUCAGCAGCAGCAGCAGCAGCAACAACCGGACAAUAUUAAUUCAAUUAAUAAUAAUUAUUAUAAUCAAAGAUCCUCUAUAUGGCCUUAUCCAAUAUUUGAUAUUUUAAAUCUAAUUGAUUCUGAUUCUGAGCCUGGUGAAAAGGAGUGGAAAGUUGUUGGUAAUAUAACAAGAGCCAAUUCAACUUUAAACGCCAUCAGAUACAUUAACGGACCUUCCAGUGACCUGACCGCUGGUCCAACUGAACCAACGAAACAUAAUUUUCGUAUUGUUACCGGAAUCGCUCCACCAUUCGUCCAUUUAUCAACCAAACUUGACAAUGGAACUUGUCUAACUGGAGUAGCCUGUUUAAGGGUUAAUACCAGUCGACCCGAUGAAUUGGUUUACAUAUUUACCGAUUUUAAUUCUGAUGUGCGUUUUUUGGAAGGUAAAAGUUACACUGUCGUUUGCUGUUCCGGAAUCGCCAUCGAUUUGCUCAACACCGUUGCUCGUGACCUUAAUUUUGAUUAUAAUUUAUACCUUGUGGCCGAUGGUCUGUUUGGUAUACCACGUAACGGAGGCCAAUGGGAUGGUAUAACUGCCGAUCUGGUUUCCGGUGCUGCACACAUAACUUUUUCCGCUUUCAGUGUCACCAGUGCCCGUGUCAAUGUUAUUGAUUAUUCCGUCCCAUUCUUUUACUCUGGUGUCUCAUGCCUUGCUCGAAGUCAAUUCUCGGAUGUUCCGCUGUCAGCAUUCUUGAUACCCUUUAGUUACCAAUUAUGGUUCGCCAUCUUUGCCAGUCUCCAUGCAACCGCCAUUGCUGCUGCUAUCUACGAAUGGUUAAGUCCAUUUGGUUUAAAUCCUUGGGGUCGACAGAGAACCAAAAAUUUCAGCCUUGCCUCAGCCUUAUGGGUUAUGUAUUCACUCCUGUUCAGUCACUUGGUCGCAUUCAAGGCACCCAAAAGUUGGCCUAAUAAGGUAUUGAUCAAUCUAUGGGGUUGUUUCAGCGUCAUCUUUUUAGCCACUUAUACAGCCAAUAUUGCAGCUCAUUUCGCUGGCCUUUUCUCCAACGAAGAGAUCAAUGAUUUUCAUGAUGGAACGUUAAUGUCCAUGAGAACAGGAGUAGCCCGAUCCAGUGCAUCAGAAGGAUACAUAAAGAAAGAGAAUAUGAUUCUGUAUGAACACGUACAGAAAUUCAUGUUCAAAGAUUUCGAUGAAGGAUUGGACAGAUUAAGAAAUGAGUCAUUACAAGUAUUAAUUGGUGAUACUGCUAUUCUUGAUUAUUUCCGAGCAAAUGAACCCGGAUGUAACCUGAAGCUUCUUGGUGAUUCCAUUUUUGAUGAUGCUUAUGCUGUUGGAAUGCAAAAAGGUUUCCCGUUAAAAAAUGCAAUAUCAGAUUUAAUUUUGAGAUAUAAUACUUAUGGAUACUUGGAUCAACUUCAACGUAAAUGGUAUGGUCGAGUUCCGUGUCUGGAAAAUUCAUUGAACAAUUUAAAUAUUCCCAAACCAUUGAGCGUACGUGCAGUUGCUGGAGUAUUUAUCAUGCUUCUAUGUGGUCUUGGUGUUGGAAUAUUCAUCCUAAUGGUGGAACAUGUUGUCUUUAAAUAUGCUCUUCCAAAAUUGCGAAAGAUGCCUAAAGAUACUUACUGGAAGAGUCCGAAUCUCAUGUUUUUCAGUCAAAAAUUAUAUCGAUUCAUCAAUACCGUUGAACUUGUAUCACCACAUCAUUCAGCCAAGGAAAUAAUGUCAAGCCUAAGGACUGGACAGAUCACAAGUCUUUUCCAAAAGAGUUUAAAAAGGAAAGCAAAGGAAGAGGCUCGUCGUCGUAAAAGUAAAUCACAAUUUUUUGAGAUGAUGCAGGAAGUAAGAAAAAUGGUUCAAGAUCAAAAGGAUGAACAGAGAAUAGGAAUUGUAACAAAUCAACCGAUAUUAAUGACUUCACCUCCUCUAUCAUUACCUGUUGUUAAUCAAGAUUCAUUUCUCAGUGAAAACGAUUCAAUUGGAGGGGCAACAACAAUUAGAACUUCAUCAAUACGAUGGAAAGAGCCAUCUUUUACCACAGAAGAUGAACCAGCUUAUCUUCAUCAGCCAGUUCUUAAAACACCUCGAACAAAACCUCCGUCAAGUUUAAAGUCCAGUGAUUCACGAAACAAUACAUUAACUAAUCGAUUGGGAAAAACGAAAGGAUCAACAUCGUUAAGUUCAACUGAACUGUGUCCACCUCCAUAUGGUUUAGGUUAUUAUCGAUCACCAUCAUCAGCAUCUUCAAUUGGUUCUGAGGGUGGUAGGCAAGCUUCUUGGUGUGCUACCCAAAUAAUUAACAUGAGAGAAAAUGUAUCCAUAUCUCUUGAAGAUAUUGCACUUCCAGGUGAUUCAGGAUGUGGAUUGGGAGGAAAUAAUAGACGAAAAUAUUUUGGAUUAAAUGAGAUGAAUUUAAUUAAAACCUGGUCAUUUGAUGAUCUCUCAAUUCUUAAACAGCAAUUAAGUUAUCCUGCUAAUUCACCAAUUGAACAGGAUAAAAUGACUCUACUUUACUCGCAAUCCCCUCGAGCCUCCAUGAUUAUACAAAGUCCACGUCACACCUCCAUGGUUGAUUCAGUUAAAAUUCAAUCCAUGAGCAAGGAAGAUAUAAUCUCACUUUGGCGUAGCUCAGAAAGGGAGCUAUUAAAUAAUCUUCAAGAUGCUCUCCAGCAAAAGAAAGCCCUGGAAGAGAGACUAGCAGUUCUUACCAGAAUUUUAAUGAAACCUCCUUGAUGAUUAUCCUGGUUAGAUUUUGUUCUGGACUCUUGAAAAUUUAAUCAACGAAUUAAUUUGAUCACAUCAACAACAACAAAAAUUCAUAUGUAAAUAUCCAACAAUUAAUGUUAACUUUUCUCUUCUCAUAAAGGAAAAGGAAAACAAGUACAUUUAACUUGGUUCAUCUUUUAGCAAAUUUUCCCAAUCGAUUCAUUUUCGAACAAAUUUCUUUCCAAUUGGUCAUGUCAUCCUCUUUUUUUGCUUGACCAUUUACCUGUUUAAUCAAAGAAAGGAUUAUUUUUGGCAAUCAUUAUAUAUUGAUGUUUAAUGGUGAUGAACAGAUUGACUAAUUGGUUAACAAUCAACUUUCUCAAUGUGUUGGUUAAAAGGGUGAUUAACUUUUAACUGGAACUGUAAAUUAAUCAAUGAGACCAUCUCUCUGGAAUUUCAUCAAAUGGGUCAUUUAACUAUUCAAAUUACAUCCAGGAUCUUAUUCUGGUUAAAAUUGUGUUCAAAUCAACUGAACAUAUAAACAAAAAUCAACGUAACAAUUUAUUUCUCAAUCUUUUCAAUUUCAUCAAAAUUUUAAUUCAGAUCUUUAAAUUCUUCUAAUCAUCUUAAUCAACGAUCAACAUUUCUUUUCUCGCUCCAAUCAUAAUCAUCAAUAUCAUCAUUUUCACUUUUAAUCAAGUUUCAUUUGAAUUAAGACAAUUUUUUGUUUUUUUCCCCUUGAUUAGUUGAAACUUAAAUACACAAUUAAGAUUUGAAAAUCUUUUCUCCUGCCUGGAAAUGAUUUUGAUACGAAACAAUUAAGUCUGUAAAUUUAGAAUUCUAAUCAAUUGGAUGGCGCAAAAAAAAGUAAAAAAUUGCAACUUUAAUUACACGAAUGUUAAUCAAUUAAUGAUUAUGCAAUUUUAAUUAACUAUGAUAAUUAAUUAAAUGGAAAACAAAGUGACAGAUUGGGAGUUAAUCUUUUGUUAAUCUUGAUUAACAGUGAUUAAGAUGGACAACGAGAACCACGGAUUGGAAAAUCUAAUCAUCAUCAAGGAGUUUUAUGCAAUUUCUUAUAUUUUCAUCAAAUCAAAUCAAUUAUAAUCUAUAGUUAAAUCUGAUAUCAUUUUAAUUGUUCCAAUCUUCACAAUCAACUUACAAUCUUAUUAACAAUUGUAAUCAUAUUGAUUUGAUUCUGUUAU